GCGUUUGUAAAGCUAUAAUAGUUUUAAGUUUAUUUUUGCUUAUUUUUCCGUAGUGUAGACAAGCAGCAUCUGACUCAUCCACUGUUUGCAGGAGCCAUAUGAGAAACAGUGUGAAGUUAUUGAUUGGCUUAGCUAUGCCUGGACUGGCUUUAGCCGCAAUAUGGCUGUGGACUUCACGUCGGGCACGUCAGCAGGAGAGUAGCCAUGGCAACGACCCUAAAAUGUCACUAAGAAGCGUGGCUGAAGAAAUGAAAAAUAUUACCCACAAGCGACGCACCAACAAUGGCGCAGCCAAAAUUUUACACUGUACUGAAACUGACCGUUGUACUGAACGUAACUGUGGCGAAGUGAAAAAUAAUAGCGAACAAGAUAGUUCAUUAUCAAAGGAAGGAUCAGAUAAGAAUACAAGUAUGAAUACAAAGUUAGAAAAUCUUGACAUUCAAAAUGGCAUGAGCUUAACGCAAGAAGAUUCGACUUGCGCAGACGGGCUGCUUGAAUCUAGUAACGUGAGUAAUAUAGAAAGCUCUGAAUUCUCUAGAGAUAGUCAAACUGGGAAUCCUGAUCAAACAGUGAAUUCCACUGAAGACUGUGCUGAGAUGAGUAAUCGUUCAAACAGCUAUAUUGAAAACGGGUCCUUUCAAGAAUCUGAAAAGACAAGUGAGCAAAACGACAGGCGUACAGUGAGUCCUGAAGCUAGCAAUCUACAAUUCGAUCAGUCGAAAACCGUGAAUAUUGAAGGUGAUACUGAAUGUUCUAGCUCAAAAGGUGUGAACGUACAAUCUGAUGUAUCGGCUAGCCAAAAAACCGAAAAUAUAUCAAAAGUCGACACGAAGGCUCCAACUGCUCGGGCCCAGUCCCUUGAUGAAUCCUCGGACAUAAGUAGCAUCGAUAGCAAGGCCGAGUCACCGGUGGACCUGAAAUUGAGUUCAACCGCGGGCUCGGAUUCUGAGCCCGCGCAACCGGAAGGCGACGACGCCGCUGAGGAGAUCACGUGGGAAUUAGAAUUUCCGCAAGCGCUUUGCGGACGACUCAUUGGCAAGAAGGGGAAAAAUGUGCAAAAAAUUUCUCAAAUUACCGGGACAAAAAUUCGCCUGAUCCCUCAGAAAGAAAAUACUGAAUCUUCGCAAAGGCUUGUUGCCGUAACCGGCUCUCCCAAACAGCUCAAACUGGCCUUAAAAGCGUUACGGGAGAAAUUCCCGAGCGUACCUUUCACGAGAUUGAACGGGACCCAACCAUUCGUGGAUGCUAACCAUAGUAGCCCCACACCAAAUAUAGUGUGCGUUGCUCUGCCGGAAAACGAACUCUGUCAGGUUUUUGUGACAAAUAUUGUUGAUGCAAACCACUUCUAUGUACAGCUCUGCGAUCAUUCUAUUCAUAACCACCUCAGGCAACUUGAUCAGGAGAUGUAUCAAUAUUACAGUAGUGUAGGUGGAACGAUGGUACCACAGACGAUCAAUACCGGCAUGCUUUGUGCGGCGCCAAGUCCCACCGGUUGUUGGUGGCGGGCUCAAGUCGUCGGGUUACUAAUGAAACCGGAUGAGGUCGAGAUCACGUGGUUAGAUUAUGGUGGACGCACGACAGUCCCUACUGCAAUGCUGAGACAACUAAGGUAUGUAAAAUAAAAGAUUCCAGUCUAUGAUCGUAUUCUUCAGUAAGUUGCCGUGGUUUGUGACUGAACUACCUGAAAAAGAUAUCUCAAACGUGGUGGUCCAGUGUAGGUAGUAUUCUACAAUAAACUACCGUGGUUUGUGUUUGAAUUACCUGAAAAAGAUAUCUCAAACAUGGUGGUUCAGUGUAGGUAGUAUUCUACAAUAAGCUGUCGUGAUUUAUGUCUGAACUACCUGAGAAAGAUAUCUCAAACGUGGUGGUCCAGUGUAGGUAGUAUUCUACAAUAAACUGAUAUCUCAAACAUUUGUUAUGUCUGAUCGCGAAGCACAGCUAUGGGGAAAGAUCAGUUAGGGGAUAACCCCAACCCACCCUGUAAACAUUCCCUAUGGGAGGAAUCCGAAGUACCCGGAGAAAACCCACGAUUUUCGGUAGAGCGUUGACUGACUCUUUUCACAUACGUGUCAUGAGUCAGCAUCGAGAAUCGACCCCAGCAUCUCAGAGGUGAAAGGCACUUUGCUGUAGCUGGGUAGUACCGAAAUUUCUUCACCUGAAUGUGUUUUUAAGUAGUUCUGACAUCAACUACGUAGGGGUGGAAAAAGUAUCGGACCACGGGACCAUUGGUCCCAGAAAAUUUUUUAAGCUUCCAGAAAAUAUUUCCCAAGAAAGAAAACAAUUGUCAUAAUUUAGAUAAUAGGAGAAAUUCAGAGGAAAACCAUGACCUCAGAAAUGCAAUUAUAAGUGCAUCCAUUUUAAUAGUGCAAUUGUGUAUAAAUGUACUAGACUAUAGACUAUAUGGAAUGAUAUGGAAUGAUGUAGCAAAUGUUGUGUGGCAAAUGCAUUUUUAGCCAAUCUGGGACACCUGAUUUUCAAAAUUUUCUGGGGGAGCAUGGAUCCCCCUACUAGUGGCCUCCUUUGGCAUCUGUAUUUACCUUAGGAUCAGACCCUUAAUGCAUGUUAUCUAUAAACUAGUUUUAAGCUAUUUUUUACGAUUCUCAGUGGACUGAAAUAUUGUAUGACAUCCAGUUGUAAAAUAUAGCAUGACAUCCAAUUUAACAACUUGUUAGCAUCACACAGUUACAGUAUCGAGUGUCAAUUUACUUGAUUAUUUGUAGAAAAUUUUCAAUGUUCUCUUGCGGUCCCAGAAAGUAAAAUAUUUUUUCCACCCCUGCAACUACGUUUGUUGCGUUGGCAGAGGAGUAAUGUAACGAUAUUUUGUGCUUUUGUUGUUCAUUACGGUUUUACCUUAGUUAGGAAACAAUUGGUUAAGGUAAUUGGAGUUUUUUUCUUUUUAAAGGUCCGAUUUUUUGCAGUUGGCGUUCCAAACUGUUGAAUGUUACCUGAGUAAUGUUAUCCCAAACCACGGUACGAGCAAACGUUUUUUUUUGUCUAAAUAUGCAUGGAAAAUUUCAAUUUUUGAAGUGAUAUGAGCAUGGAACAUUUAGCGAUUUGUUCGUUGGUCAAACAGAAAAAUGUACGGUAUGCCUCAUCAUACCAUACCAUAUACCAUGCUAUUUCAUGCUGUGCCAUACCAUACAAUACAAUGCCAUUCCAUACACACACGUCAUACAAUGCAAUGCAAUACCAUACCAUAUCACACCAUACCACACCAUACCAUACCAUACCACACUAUACCAUACCAUCCCAUACCAUACUCUAUCAUACCAUACCAUACCACACCACACCAUACCAUACCACACCAUGUCAUACCAUACUCUAUCAUACCAUACCAUACAUACCAUACCACACCACACCAAACCAUACCAUACUCUAUCAUACCAUACCAUACCAUACCACACCAUACCGUACCAUACCAUACCAUACCAUACCACAUCAUACCGUACCGUACCAUACCAUACCAUACCAUACCAUACCAUACCACAACCAAACCAAAUCAAACCAAAACGAUGGUGAAAGGUAAAACGAGCAUAGUCAUAGAACAUUUCACGGUUUGUUCUUUUGCACAUAGAGAAACCAUGCAUGCAUCUACUUUUUCUCUUCCAGGAGAAACAAAGUUUUCCAUGGCCGCUUGUGCAUUGUUUGAACAAUUAACACAGAACGUAAUUCUUACUGCAAGAAUCACUGGUUAUACCCGGGAUUGUCCCAAUUUGGAGCUCUACGUACAUGACCAAUGGACUGGACAG